AUGGACAACAGCAGUGCCACGCGUCUCUCAGGAAGAGUCCGGGCGGCGCAGCUCGCAGCACAAGCCAAGCUGAAAUCUGAGGAGGCCAGUAAAUCGGAAGCCAAGUUCCUAAAGAUAAAAGCCUGGUCAAAGUCUCGUAUUCGACAGCUGGAGGACGAGCUGAGGAAAAGCCAGUCUGGUAGAGUGGGCCCUGACGUGACGUCCCUGCGUAGCCGCGUCACGGAUCUGGAGGAGGAGCGGGAGGAGACGCUGUGGAAGCUGGAGCAGUACGACGAGAUCAAGGCCAAGAACGAUGUACUGGAGGCCAAGCUGGUGGUGUACGAGGAGCAGCAGAGGAAGAUGGCCUCCGACCUGGAGCAGGUCACCAAGAGAGCCGCCUCUCAGGCCAGCGAGUCAGGUAGCGCCGACGACGCCCAGAGCCAGGUGCUGGACUGGCAGGAGAUGGUGUCGGAGGCGGUGACAGCCAGGGACCGUGCCCGCGAGGAAAAGGCUACCAUGGCCCUGCGCAUGAGCCACAUGGAGGAGGAGAGAGAGGGACUGAUUGAGGAUGACUGGUUCUUUCCCGGCUGCUCCGAUCCAGUGCUGGCCAGCCGGCAGCAGGAGUUGGAGGAGGAGCUGGUGCAGGCCCGGGGUCUCACAGGGCUACAUAGGGGCGGCAAGAAAAUGGGAGGCACCGCCCACCAACACAGCCUGCAGGAGGACUUUGAGUUUGAUGGCAAGCAGGCGUUCCACCAGGACCCACACAGUGGCGGAUCUGAGAGCACCACCCCGAUGGAGGAGGGGGAGAACAUGGGAGGUUGGUGGCCUGAGUACACUUCCCCCAACACAGGUGGCCUGCGGUCGGUAGUGGAGGAGUUGGAGCUGGAGAGGAACCAGCUGCAGGAACAGAUCCUAGGACUGGAGGACCGCUGUCAGGACCUUGAGGACCGGCUGCAGCUGCAGGCUCGCAUCGAGUCCCUACAGGUGACGUUUGAUGUAGAUGAAGAAAGGCGUCCAUUUUGUGUUUCCCAGAACGAGUCCGAGAGACUACAGGGUCAGCUGGCCAGCCUUCGGAGCCAGCAGAGCAGGGAUGCAGAGAAACACCAUCUCCUGGUCACCAGCCUCAACGAGCAGCUCAAAGGACUGAGUGACACCCAAGAGUGUCUCGAAACCUCACUUAUAGAGAAGGAGAACACAUUAGUCAAGACCUCUGAGAAACUGGAGCUCAUCGACAGCCUCCGAGAUUCUUUAAUGGAAAAGGAGGCGCAGCACAAAGAGGUCGCCGACAAGCUGCUUCAAUCUGAGAACAAUCUCACUGAAGUCUCCACAAAAUGCAGUACCUUUGUAAAACAGUGUUCAGAACUGAAGACAUCGGUUGCAGAUCUCACACAUAAGCUGAGUGUGCUUAAAGAUAAGACACAGAAACAAGAGGCCACAAUAAAGACUCUUCAAAAUGACCUGGAUCAGACAAACGAUGAACUGGACAAGUUGAACACCACCCAUCUGGAAGAAAGGUCUCAGCUGAUCCACAACCUUCAAAGCUGUGAACGGGAGAUUGAUAACCUCAGAGAUGUCCUCUCAGACAAGGACAAGGAGAUCUUAGCCCUCUCGGGCAACAUGGCGGAGUACGCAGAGCAGAUCAUGGUGCUGAAGCAGGAGAUCCAGCACAAGGAGGAGGACCUGGUUCGCAUCGAGACCGCCCUCACUAAAUCGGAGCGGGAGGCAGAGAUCAUCAAAGACUCUCAGAACUCGGACCAGCAGGCUCUGUACACCAGGACGGCAGAGCUGGUGGAACAGCUGAAGGAUGCAGAGAAUGAGCUGAUCAAGGCCAAAGAGGAGAAGGAGUCGAGGACAGUAGAGGUGGAGGAGCUGAGGAAGCAAGUGGAAGAGGACAAGCGGACCAUCCUGGAACUUCGAGAGAUCCAGCAGCACAACGUGGGCCAUCGUAAUCAUCUCUUGGAGUGCGAAACUCAGAUCUCUUCACUGAAGGAGCAUGUGACUGUUGCUUCCCAGAAACUACAGGAGUCUGAGGGUCUUAUCUCUCAGUUGCGGGAAGCAAGUACAUCCAGCAAGACACUGAAAGACCAGCUCCAGGACAAGGAGCAGACGUAUGAGAAAGAACUCAAAUCGGUCAAGGAGGAACGGAACAAGCUUAACGCAGAGGUGUCCAAACACAAUGAUGACCAGACCCUGUCCAACCAGCUAGAGAAGCAGACAGAGUGUCAGGUACAGUUGAAAAAAGAGAUGCAAGAAAAACUGGAGACAAUAUCCUCUCUUGAGGAAAAACUCAGGGCCAUCCAGGAAGAGGCUGAAGUAGAGCAACAGAAAUUUAACACAGAACUGCAAGUCAGAGAUUCUGAAAAGGAGAAGUUGGCGAAAGACCUGCAGGUUAAAUUGGAAAAUAUCUCAAAUAUGAAGAAGCUCUUGAAAAACAUGAAGACUGAAAAACAACAACUGCAAGCUGACCUGAAGGAGAAGGCAGAUGAACUUAAGUCUCAAAAGCAGCUUGUAGAUGAGCUUAAUAAAAAAUCUACGGCAGCUCUUGAACUUAACAGCAGUUUGAACUCUCAAAAGAAUGGCCUCACAGAGGAGAAUCAGAGGUUGCAACAGGAUGUAGCUGGAAAGCAGAAAUCCAUUUCAGAGAUGACAGAUGAAAGGGAUUCUCUGAGAAACAAAGUCUCUGACUUUGAAACACAGCAUUCAGAAAACAGAAAAGUCAUUGAAGGGCUUCUGAAAGACAGGGAGGAGCUGAGUGUUAGAGCCAAUGAACUGAACAGGGUCCUGGAGCAAAAUAAACAGUCCAUUUCCGAGAGUCUAUUUGAGAAAACAAAUGAAUGUAGUCUUCUAACUAAAACACUCAGGGAAAGGGAGGAGACAGUUGCCCGUUUACAGGUGCAAAUUGACAGUUUGAACACUCAAGUGGAGCAGUUCCAUCACAACAUUGCUGAAAAAGACAAGUUUGUCACUGAUCAAAACUCACAAGUAGAGGCACAGCAGAGCCAGCUGUCGCAACUCCAGGAAACAAUGUAUUUACUGCAGGAGCAGGAGACUGCCCUGAAAACUGGGCUCAUGGAGAAAAACACCGUAUUGCAGCAGAAAUCAGAUGAGUGUAGCUCUUUACAGAAUAAACUUGGGCAGCAGAAAAAGCUUCUAUCCAAGCUACAGGGUGAGACUAAAUCACUUAAAGGACAAUGCUCACAACUGACCCAGUGUCUGGGAAAAGAAGAGACCUUCAGACAAAUGACGCAGGACUGUGAAAACCACAAAGCCGAGCUUAACAAGAGGAAUGAGUCAUUGAAGUCACUAAGCAGUCAGCUUGGUGUCAUGAACGAGAGCAGUGCGAAGUUGGAGUCUGAAAAUACAGAGCUGAAAACUACUCUGGAGAACCACGGAGCAGAAAACAACAAGCUGAGGGAUGAGAUGGAACAGAGGCAAGCUGAGGUGGUUGGCCUCCACAGUCACAUCCAGGCACUGAGUGAGCAAAACCAACAACUCCGAGCUGCUUAUGAGAUCAGAGAUAAGGAACUUGCCCAGCAAAUGCACGUUGCAUCUGAGCUUGAUAGAAGGGUAAAUGUGACUCUUGAGCAGAACACAAACCUGUGCUCACAACUGAACAGUCUGACAGAGGAGAAGCAGACACUGCAACAGGAAUUAGCUGUACAGUCAGAGUCCAUUUCUGAAUUAAGCAAGGAGAAGAACUUACUUCAAGAUAAACUUUCCAAUUUUGAAAUGCAACAUUCAGAAAACUGCAAAAUGAUUGAAGGGCUACUGAAAGACAAAAAUGAGCUCAGUGUAGCAGUAGAGGAACUCAACAACGUCCUCGAGCAAAACAAACAGACCGUUUCAGAGAGUUUGCUGGACAAAACAAAUAAAUGUACUAAUCUCACCAAAUUGCUUAGAGGGAGUGAAGAGGCACUUGCACAUUCACAAGACCAAGUUGACAGCUUGAACACCCAACUUGAUCAACUGAACAACAACAUAACCGAAAAAGAGAAGACUAUCAAAAAUCAAAACUCACAAUUAGAGGCCCAGCAGAGAGAGUUGUCGCAACUCCAGGAGACAUUGGCUUUAUUACAGGAGCAGGGGACCACACUGAAAUCUGGGCUAUCAGAGAAAGACACCAUGUUGCAGCAGAAAGCAGAGGAGUGGAGCUCUUUACAGAAUAAACUUAAUCAACUGCAGGGCGAGACUAAAUCACUUGAAGGGCAAUGCUCACAACUGACUCAGCAUCUGGAAGAAAAAGAAGAGACCUUCAGACAAAUGACACAGGACUGUGAAAACCACAAAGACGAGCUGAACCAGAGGAACGAGUCAUUAAAGUCACUAAGCAGUCAGCUUGGUGUCAUAAACGAGAGCCGUGCGAAGUUGGAGUCUGAAAAUGCAGAGCUGAAGACCACUCUGGAGAACCACUCAGCAGAAAACAAGAAGCUAAGGGAAGAGAUGGAACAGAGGCAAACUGAGAUAUUAGAUCUUAGGGACAACAUCCAAGCAUUGAAUGAACAGAAUGUCAGACUAAAAACCGAACUCAAAAACUCUUUCACAGAGGCAUCCAAGAAACUUGAAGAGAUUUCAGUUCUCAAGGCAGAGAUUUCUAACAGGGACAGUUAUGUGUCUAAUUUAACAAAGCAACUGACAGCAGCCUGCUCGGACAGGGAUAGCUUAGGUUUGAAUUUGCAGCAGAGAGGUGAGUCCCUAAAACAGCAGGAAAUGUUUAUUAAGCAGUUACAAACUAAGUCAGUAGAGGGUGAGGGUCAGAUGAGCCAGGCCAUCACUGAGCUGCAGACACAAGCUCAGAGUCUUCAGAAAAGCCUUCAAGACAAAGAUGUUUCGCUGCAUGAGGCGGAGAAACGGCUGAGUCUGCUCAGAGAGAAGUUUACCUUAGAAUCUGAGGAUUUCAAAACCCAGCUGAAUUCAAGUGCGGAAACAAUGAAACAGCUUCAGGGUGAUCUGCGUAAUGCGGUGGAACAGAGUAAUCAGCUCAGUGGGAGGCUUGAAGAACAAGAGGCACAGCUUAAGCAGAAAGUUGAUGAUUAUGUGAGUUUAAGGACAUAUGUUUCAGAGCUGGAGGAUUCCACCACACAGCUCAGAGGUCAAGUUGACAGCCUGACCUCUGAGUCAUCCCUGUUAAAAGAGACCCUGAAAGAGAAAGUCAAGUUCAUCCUUGAGGCCCAAAGCACCUCCUCAGCUGUUAGCGAAAGCCUAAAUUCAAAACUCAAAACCAAAGAUACAGAAUGUGAGCGCUUAAAAGAGCAGGUUUCGUACCUCCAAGAGUCCGUUUUAAAGCUCAAUACCAAAGAGGCAGAAUGUGAGUGCUUAAAAGAGCAGCUUUCACAUCUCCAAGAGUCUGUUUCAAAGCUCAAUAGUAGCCUCAGUGCCCAGUCCUCUGAAGUGGCACAACUUCAACAAGCCUUAGAGGAAAGAGAGACUGCCGUUAUGGACCAGUCAAAGGCCCUUCAGGAGCUGCAGAGAAGGGCAGAUGAAGCAGCCCUCUUCAAAACCCAGUUCAUGGAGAGCACAGAGUUGGUGUCACAACUGCAGGAUCAGAUUCAGGAACUCUCCACUAAGUCUGCAAGCCUCAGCCAGUCGGCCGAGGAGAACCAAAGUGCCUUUGUAAAUCUUCAGGAGAAGUAUGCUACUCAUUUAGAGGAGCUCCAGGAAGCUCGGACGAUGCUUUCUCAAAGGGCCGAGGAGAUGUCCAGUCUUAACAAGUCCCUCAGUGAAAGCAACAGCACAGUUCAGGCAGCAGAAUGCACCAUAGAGGUGCUGAGGAAUGAGUCUUCCUUGCUACGUCAAGACCUUCGGCAAAUCCAAACACUGAAUGUCGACCUUUCAAAACAAAAGGAAGACGCCCUUGCUACCCAUCAAAGGAGCACCUCAACAUUCACUGUCGAAAUUGAGAGACUAAAAUCUCAGUAUUUGCAUGUGGCUGCUCAGGUAAACGCACUGACAGAAAAUCUUGAGCAGAGAGAGAUGUCUCUUCAUGCCAUUAACAGUCAGUACACAGCCCAGGUGAAACAGGCAGAGCAAGUAGUGUCAGAAAUGCAGAAACUAGAAGAGCAAAAUAAGAAGCUAAGAGAGGAGAUAGCUCUGUCAAAGCAAGAAAAUCAACAGCGGCUGGAUGCAGCAAUCAGUGAAAAGAACGUCUGCAGCAAGAAGUUCAGAAACUCAUAAUUGAGAGAGAUGAACACGGCAAGAGCUACAGCAGCCAGAUACAAACAAUGCAGGAGCAGUUGUAUCUCCAAAAGCAGCAGCAAUCCAGCAGCAUGAA